AUGAAGAAAGCCUAUUCUUUUGCGGAAAACGAUAGUCAAGGAGUCUCUGAUGGUGGUUUCCGACGGAGAAAUGGAUCUGUGGUCUCCAGUCCAGAACAUAAUGAUUUGGACAACAGAAAAAAAUCCUACCCUACCCUAUUUGGAAAAUACAGCCAAAGCCUUCAGACCCUCAAACCCUUCCACUGGUCCUCAUCCCAGUCCCACCCUGUGGACAAUGCAGGUUUCCUGUCCUUUGCAACCUUUUCCUGGAUGACCCCCAGGAUGUGGGCCCUGUUCAGGAAUAAGCUGGACAUGAGCUCUCUCAACCUGUCUCCUUUUGAUGUUGCAGACACCAGCGGAGAAAGGCUCAACAAGCUCUGGAAGGAAGAAGUGGCAAAGGUGGGCCUGGAGAAGACCUCUGUGGUUCGAGUGAUCCUUCGCUUUCAAAGAACCAGGCUUAUACUGUCUGCCAUUGUUGGUGUCCUUGCCAUGGUGGCAUCGUUUCUGGGCCCGGCUGUUCUGGUCCAUGCGAUCCUAAUCUAUGUUGAGACCCCAGAGAAGUCUACAGUAUCCUAUGGUGUUGGCAUGGCCUUCGCUUUGUUCACCUCAGAGUUCUUCAAAGCCUUCCUAUUCUCCUUGCUGUGGGCGUUGAACAUGCGCACUGCAGUCAGACUGAAGGGUGCCUUCUCUUCAGUGGCCUUUCAGAAAGUCAUCUCUCUGCGGGUGCACAGCGGCAUUUCAACGGGAGAGAUCAUUUCUGUUUUGAGCAGUGAUGGCCACAAAUUAUUUGAGGGAGUAUUGUAUGGGAGCUUUGUGCUGUGCAUCCCAGUGCUCUUUAUUGUGUGUGUUGUCUAUGCCUGCUACAUUCUGGGCUUAACCGCACUGACUGGAGUCUUCACCUACCUCAUCUUCAUCCCCAUACAGUAUGGCUUGGCCAAGCUCAUUAACAUAUUCAGAUGGACAUCCAUAUUGCUAACAGACGGCCGUGUUCGCACUAUGAAUGAGAUUCUCAACAGCAUCAAACUUAUCAAGAUGUACGCCUGGGAAGAUUCCUUUGAAGAGAAGAUCGCGGGCUUAAGGGAAAGUGAGAAGAAAGAACUGAAGAAGGUCCUUUACGUCCAGAACGUCAAUACCAGCAUCAUGGGCAUCCUCCCCACCCUUGCCACCAAUUUCACCUUCCUUGUACACACUUCAUUGAGCUUUAAGCUCAACAAGCCUGAUGCCUUUACCACCAUCGCCAUCUUCAACUCCAUGAGAUUCUGCCUGGGUAUGGUGCCCCUGUGUGUGAAGGCCAUGGCUGAGGCUGCUGUAUCACUGACACGACUGAGGAAAAUAUUGCUGAUCCAGAAUCCAGAGACCUACCUGAUCCAGACAAAAGACAGUGACUUCGCCAUAGUGAUGAAAAAUGCUUCGCUUUCCUGGAUCAAACCAGACAGACUGCCAGACUCCCCACCCAGCUCAGCCAACGGGGACACAAAGGGACACAAAGUGGAGGAGAUGUCCCAGAAUGGGAAGACUGAAACCUUGCCAACUCUGAGAAACAUCUCCUUCACACUGCCUAAGGGCAACCUGCUUGGUGUCUGUGGGAACGUGGGGAGCGGAAAGACGUCACUGAUUUCCAGCAUUUUGGAACAGAUGCACCUUCUGCAGGGCUCCCUCACAGCUGAUGGGACAUUUGCCUACGUUUCCCAGCAGGCCUGGAUAUUCCAUGGAACAGUUCAAGAAAACAUCCUGAUGGGGGAACCUUUUGACCAAUCCAAAUACGAGAGAGUCAUAGAUGUCUGCAGUCUCAGAGCUGACCUGAAAAUACUCCCAUAUGGUGAUCAAACUGAGAUUGGAGAGCGAGGGCUGAAUCUGUCGGGGGGGCAGAAGCAGAGGAUUAGCCUGGCCAGAGCUGUCUACUCCAAUAGAGACAUCUUCCUCCUUGACGAUCCACUAUCUGCCGUCGAUGCCCAUGUGGGGAAACACAUCUUUGAAGAAUGCAUUAAGAAGGAGCUCCAGGGAAAAUCCGUCAUCCUGAUUACACACCAGCUCCAGUAUCUGGAGUUCUGUGAUGACAUUUUGGUUCUGGAUGAUGGCGAGGUGCGGGAGGCCGGAAACCACCAGGCCCUGAUGGAAGCCAACGGACGCUACGCUCAGCUCAUCACCGACUAUCAGAUGGAAGAGUCUGAAAAUGAGGAGGAGGAAGUGUCACCACCCAGAGACGCUGCCCAGCUGAAGGACGUUGAGCUAAGUGAUGGCACAGACAGCGGAAUAGUGAACCCAGCAUUUGACAUGUCGGACGAAUAUGAUGAUGAAACGACAGCUGACCAAAAAUCUGCUGUCAGUGAUCAGCUGGUCAGUCAGGAGUCCACCACAGAAGGUGCCGUUUCCUGGAGAGUCUACCAGCAAUACUGCAAGGCAGCUGGAGGAUACAUCCUCACCUUCCUAACCAUCCUGAACAUCCUCCUGAUGAUUGGAUGCACAGCCUUCAGCAGCUGGUGGCUCAGCCACUGGCUAGGGGAGGGUGAUAGGGUAAGAACCAUAUCUCUUCCUCACACACACACACACACACACACACACACACACACACACAGUCUGCGAUGCCAUAUUUUCUCUGUCCCCUUCCCCCUCCCCCAGUCAUCCAAUAAGACAACUUCAAACAAUGGUGACAUCUCACAAAACCCACGCCUGCACUUCUACCAAAUGAUUUAUGGCGUGGCGAUGGGUCUCAUGGUGUUAUUUGCCGUCAUCAAAUACUUCCUCUACACCUGGGUUACCUUGAAUGCCUCCUGCAAACUCCACGAUACCAUGUUCAAGAAGAUUUUCUACAGUCCCAUGAGUUUCUUUGACACAACGCCAACAGGCCGCAUUCUCAACCGCUUCUCCAAAGAUCAAGAGGAGGUGGACACUUUGCUUCCCCUCCACAUCGACCCUUUCUUGCAGUACAGUCUGCUGGUCACCUUCACCCUUAUCACCAUCUUGGCUGUCUUCCCUCCCCUGCUGGUAGCUGUGGUUGUUAUGGGAGCUUUGUACACCCUCGUUCUCUUUAUGGUCCUGAGGAGUAUCCGUCAGAUGAAGAGGAUGGAGAACGUCAGUCGCUCUCCCUGCAUCUCUCUCACCACCUCUACCCUGCAGGGCCUCAGCACCAUCCAUGCCUACAACAUCAGAGACAGCCACAUAAAACUGUUCAAGGAACUGACUGACAUCAACUCCAACCAAUAUUUACUGUUUAACUCUGGGACACGUUGGCUCUCCUUCUGGACGGACUUCAUGGCUACGAUCAUGACCUUGUUGGUGUCUCUGUUGGUAGUGCUCAGCAGUAAUGACCUCGUCAGUCAGGCUUUGAAAGGCUUGGCUUUGUCCUACACCAUACAGCUAACAGGCAUGCUUCAGCAUGUAGUGAAACAGUCGACGGAGGUGGACGCGAACUUCACCUCGGUGGAGCGGCUGCAGCAAUACAUCACGACUUGUACGUCUGAGGCCCCAAGGCACAUCAAGGAGGCUCAACUCCCAGAGGACUGGCCAAAGAGUGGAAACAUCACCUUCCAGCACUAUAAGAUGAGGUACAGAGAGAAUACACCCAUUGUCCUGAACGGACUCGAUUUCUUCAUCCAAGCUGGAGAGAAGCUGGGCAUUGUGGGAAGGACAGGCUCUGGGAAGUCCUCUCUCGGCGUGGCUUUGUUCAGGCUGGUGGAGCCAGCAGCAGGAACCAUCCUGAUAGAUGGCGUGAACAUUAUGGACAUUGGUCUGCAGGAUCUGCGCAGCAAAUUGUCUAUCAUCCCCCAGGAUCCUGUGCUAUUUAUUGGCACAGUCAGGUACAACCUGGACCCCUUCAAUAACUACAACGAUGAGGAGAUCUGGGCGGCGCUGGAGAAGACCUACAUGAAGGACUCAAUCUCCAGACUGGAGGAGAAACUACAGGCGCCAGUGAUGGAGAAUGGAGAGAACUUCUCUGUAGGAGAAAGACAACUGAUAUGUAUGGCUAGAGCACUACUCCGCAACUCCAAGAUCAUUCUUUUGGAUGAGGCAACAGCAUCCAUCGAUGCAGAGACAGACGCCUUGAUCCAGAACACCAUCAAAGAAGCUUUCCAGGACUGCACCAUGCUCACCAUUUCCCAUCGUAUCAACACUGUGAUGAACGCAGAUCGUAUUCUGGUCAUGGACAACGGAGAGGUGGCAGAGUUAGAUUAUCCAGAUGUGCUGAAGCAAAGACCAGACUCUCUGUUCGCCUCACUCCUCGCUGCUGCGAACACUGUGAACACUGUGAACACCUGAACCACAGAGGCCCUGCGGCACCACAGCACCACUACACACUAAUAACAGUAGUAAUGUAUUGAUCUCCCGUGUGUGCUGAAACAAAUACAUUGACAAUAUUAUUUCAUAGAAUAAAUGCAAAUAAAUUGACAUAGGACUUUUAUAGGAGUGGAUAUGAAUAUGUAUAAAACAUAUUUUCUGUGGCUUUAUUCACUGCCAACUGUGCAAAACUUCUGCAUGUGAAGUUUCGAUCUGCUCUGUGAAUAUGCAAUACUAAUAUAUUUUGAAAUAGGUAUUAUCACUGUCAAAUACAAUAUAUGCUGUAACUCAUGUAACAAACUGAUUGCAGACAAAUAGACAAUGUUGCUGCUGGUACAGAAUGGUAAUAAAUCAUAGAAAUGUGUAA